AUGGCUACUUUCAUGAUUGAGUACGUAACUCGCUUUAAAGUGCGAUUUGAGGCUGUAAUUGUGAAGCAUCAACAAGAUCCACUGUCCAAUGGAGUACUCAAUGAGCUCCAACUCACAAGGGCGCGUCGUGUUGUCAAUGCAGCCAACGUCCUUCUUGCGAUGGGCCCAGAUGCGAUCAGAAUCGUAUUUCUUCUUCGAGGCUCAAUUGUCAACGAUGCCGAAGGCCACAAGAUCAAAGCUCCCUACUUCUGGAGGGUACAAAAUUUUAUUGGAAGCAGAAUCGCCUACAAACACACGUUUAUCAAAGCCACGGCUGAGAAAAAGGCAAUGUGGGAAAAGGACCAUCAAUUGAAAGAUGGUUUCGAUAGGUUCGAAAACGCCGGAGAGGAUGACAGUGUUUUCGUGUCAGAACCACAAAACUUUGUGGUCAGGUCCAGUCCCAACUUGGGUCUGUUUUCGUUGGCUGCACUCCAGGUGGUGGAAGAUGGACUGGUCAUCCACUGGCCAGUCAUCAAUAAAGAUAAUAAUAUGGAGGUGGAGGAUCAAUCGGAAGGAGGUACCGAAAGAGAUGCUAGUGAAGAAGCUGAUGUGCAAAUCCAGGAGGAAGAAGGAGAUGAAGAAGGAGGAGAGAUUUCAGUAGGAAACACGCUGGAGACACGCGAAGGAGAAGAAACUGAAGUCCAGAAACUUCAAGCGAAGUUGUAUGCCGCAGAAAGAAAGCUCGUCGAAGAACGGAACCAUCGCAAGGAGGAAUUGGCAGAGAUCACGAAGCUGCACCAAAGCUUGGUGGCUGAGAAAGAGGAACUCCGGCUUAAAAAUUUGACAAAUCAAGCGAAGAUCAAGGAGUUAGAAAAUCAACAUUGGGCGGACAGGAAGGAAGUGGAAGACCUCAAAAAAAUGAUGGACAGAGAUGUCAUCGCGGAGAGGAAGAAAAAUGAUGCUCUACAAGCUGCAAUUGCUGAAGCGGAGAAGUUCUUUGAAAUGGAACGCUCAGCAAUGAAACCUCGAAGAGCAAGCCGCCGACACACUGCCGCCAACCACACUGCCGAGCCCGUCGGCUCUACACCGCCAGAACCGCCAACAUCGGAACUAUCGGGAAGGAAGAGUGGAGCCAGAGGAAAAUCCGCCAACGCGGCUCGAAAGAGUUGCCCACGCGGCUCUGCCACAACGGCCAAGAAGUACACAGACUGCCGCACCAGGUCGUACUUCGGCGAGGAAAACGCUGACGCGUUACUGGAACAGCUCACCACCGCAAUCCAGUGCCUCGAAAUCGUCACGACUGACCGUAACCAUCUCGUCUAUGACCAACAAACGAAUGAUUCGUCUCCGAACGCAGUCUCGACUGAGGAAGCCACUGCCACUAGUCCACCAAAUAUGGACUGCAGUAACACCGCCAACAACGUCAGUCUGCCCACUCAGGAUACUCGAAUCCAGAGUGCCGCUGACACACCACCAAUCACGGUAGACGUCAGGCAGGCCGAACUCAUCAACAAAGCGUUGAUCGAUGAGCUUCAGAUGCUCCAAGUUCAAGUUCACCAGGCCAACCGCGCCAAAGCACUUGAAACACAACAUAGACUACAGAUGGAAGCAGAUCUUAAACACAAGAUCCAUCAGUUGAUGUCAGGUCAGGAAAACUUGAAACGAGCUCCAGCAUUCCUUCCAACUACUGCCUCCCACGAUGCUACAGUUGAAAUGCCAAGCUCCACACACAACGUUGUCCACAACAUCAAUGUCAGUCAUAACUCCACUCAUGACAUCUCAAAUCAUUCAUCGGCUACAGAGGACAUGUUGGCCAACAUCAUGACUGCCGUGAGCCACCUUACUGCUCAGCAGGAACGAUCCAAACAACAAAACAUGCUACGGACUGCCCGCCUAGAGCAACUCGUCAAGAAGCUAGCAUCAGCCGACCAUGACGCUCACAGCUCAGAACCGAUGAACUCUAAAGUCGAUGAGUUUGAGACCCAAAAUGCGAACGAGGAGCAAUACUACACGCGUACUGCCUACUCCGACUCCAAGUCGAGAAGCAGAGCUCACCGCCGUUCCCGCUCCAGAUCUUAUUCGCCAAAAGAUGACCGCCACAGUUCGCACGAUCUCAAGCUCAACCUGGAUUUUUCCGUGAAAUUCAUCGAACAGUUCACCGGCUCCGAAAACUUCGACGCAUUCAUCCAGUCUUUUGACCGUGGUUGA